CUUGAACACAUUGCUUCUGACCAGUGACUAUGCACAGGCUCGCAACAGUCGCUCGCUCGUCCGUGCCCUGCGUCAGACGAGCGACCCGCAUUGGUCCGGCAGCGGCGACACGUCAGUAUGCGACGACCUGGGACUCCUUCGUCCAAGCUAUCCCAAGUAGGAGGCCUCCCGCCCCAGACCAGUCUCCCUCAUUCCCGUCUCCAGCCUGGCCCGGCGGCUCGACUGGCGCGCCCCCACCGCCGCUAGAGCCGCUCGCGCCGCAGCUCAGAGAGCGCAUCGUGCGGUCGCUGAACGCGCGGCUGCGGAGCAGGAUGGAUCUGCCGGGGCUCGCGGCGGACUAUGAGCUGCGCGAGGGCCAGGUGCUCAAGCAGACGCUCAAGUAUGAGUCGAGGCCCGGGAGGGAGCGGAGGGUGAGGUGUGGGGGUGUGGGUGAGGAUGCGGACGUGAUAGAGUCGGAGAAGGGUGCUGCGAAGGGCAUGUUGACGAGGGCGUCGUCGGGUACGAGAACGAAUGGGAGGCGCGGGCGGGAGGAGGACGCGGGGCAGCGCGAGGAGGGGGUUGUGAUGGUUGUGCAUGCUGCGCAGAAGGGGGAGGCUGUUGAGAGCAGCGCGUGCAGCGGGUUUGUUAUUGGCAAGGAGGGAUCGAAGCUCGUUGUCUCCUGCACGCAUACGUUCCACCAGAUAAAGCACUCGGACCUCCUCCACCCCGACCCGUUCCCUCUGACCACGCCCAUAGACGCGGGCUCCUCCGGGACACUGGUCUGCAUCGACGACGCCGUCGCAGACAUCGUAGGCCAGCCGCGCGAGUUCCUCUACCCCGCCGCGGGAAUCGCGUCCGCGCUGCACUCUUCCGACCUGCUCAUCCUGAGCGUCCCGAGCCUCCCCGACGUGCACACCCUGCCCGUCUCGCCGUACCCGGCACCGGUGGGGUCACGCGUGGCAGUGCACUGCGCGACGCACACCGAGCCCCCGCGGUGGGUCGCGGAGCAGGACGGGUGGAGGUGGUGGACGGGCGGGGUGUGGGCGCGCUGGGCGCCUGGGGAGAUUAUCGGGUACAGGAACAGCCAUGGCGGGCGCUCCGAGACGGGGACGUACGACCAGCUCGCGCAGGUGCUGUUCCGGCCCGCGCCUCCGCCGGGAUCGAGCGGCGGUCCGAUCGUGGACGCGGCGAGCGGCGCGGUGGUGGGCGUUGCGCUGGGCACGACGCGGCUUUCGACGGGGGAGACUGUUGGUUGGGGUGCGCCUGCUGAGAGCAUCUUUGAGAUGUUUAAAUUGCCAGGUUUGCAUCUUCAGGGCAAGGCUGGCACUAAGGAGGGAGAGGAAGAAGCCUGAGGGGUUGACAUAUUUUAUCAUCAUAAUACGUACAGCUUUUGUAUGAUUUUUGUAUCGAUAGCUAUCUAGUUUAUGCAGCGCCG